UUGGAUGGGAGGUCUGUUAGUGUACCAGCGGUGCGCUGGCUCCAGUCAAGUGUUGGUGGCUCUUCACCAUUAACUCCAUUCUGUGAGCUGGUUGAAUAAAGUUGUGAGGAGCAGGAGCUUUUUGCAACUUUUUUUUUUUUUUUUGUAUCCACUUGUCGCGCGCGUCUCUCCCCAACAGCUCGCGACUGUGUCUGCCGACUCCCAAUACAGUAGAAACGUGGGAGCUUUCCGACUUUCUACAAUGGACGAGGGGAAUGUCUUGCCAGAUUUGAAGGAUAUAGAGGCCAAGUUGGGUCUGAAGGUCCCGGACAGUCUCAUUCGCUCUCUCGCCGGAGGAAAGCAUCACGACAAGCACGAGAAGUCGCCAACGCCGCAUUUAGCCAACUGCAAAUUACAUGCUAACAACGCGGACUUGAAAAGACUGGAGAGCAAAAUGCUAUUCCUAAAACAAGAAAUGGCACAUCUACGGGCCAUCGACGUGAAGCUGAUGCAGCAGCUUAUGUCAAUCAACGAGGGCAUUGAGUCCAUCCGUUGGAUGAUAGAAGACAGAGGUGGCGUGGCGAGCCAAGAGGGCAGCCUGACGGGCAGCCUGUACAGCCUGUCGGACAGCCAGGACGGCACCUCGCUGCGCGGCAGCUUCAACAGCUUGAAUGACGGUAACAGCAGCGGACUCGAUGGUCUGUCUGUGGGUAGCUACUUGGACACUCUAGCAGAGGACCUCCCGGAUGACCCCUCACCUACGGAUCUCGACUGUUUUGUGGAGAAAACGGUUAUUGAUGGGGAUGCUUUCACCAAAUCGCCACUGAAAGUCCGCGUGGAGUCAGAUGAAUACUACUGCUUUGGAUAAUAACAAUAAGCUAAACACAGAGCCUACUGAGAUGUUCUGUGAAGACAGAUUUUAAGAUAUGCUUCUUCACUUUGAUAAAUGAACACCGCUGUCUGGUUUCCUCCUACAUGCUUUACAUUUGACUCAAAAUAGCAACAGCCAAGGUGUUGGCGAUACCAAAUGACUAAUGUUACUUUUCACCGUGUAACCAGCUUCCUUAAAUUGCGGAUUGAACACACACCUCGUCAAACCGUUGCCACUAAAUGCCACACCAAAUGCAAGUGAAAACAUCUUAAAAACUCUCAUGUCUUAGUAUUUUAUCAUGCAGGUCAAUUAAAAAACAACAAAAGGUGCUCUAUUAUGGUUUAAAUAUUGUAUUUAUUUUGGAGUUAUCCAAUACCUCAGCACAGUUAAAAUACUUCUUAGUCUAAAAUUGCUGAAGAUGGUGUGAAUGUAAGUAGCAACUUCAGCUGAACAGCACAUUUUCUUGGAAAAUGGAACUGUGACUUUGUGUUAGGUCGACCACAAUCAGCUGAUCUAAGUGAAGGAGAUUGAGGUCCAUGAGUGAUUUAAGUGGGAAAACCUGUUUAAAGUGGUAAGUGUUAAAGCAAGUGCAAUUCGCUUCCAUGCCAAAUUCUGUGCACCACCUACUAUAAAUGUUGCGCUUUUAAUUAUUUUUACUUAAAUAUUUUGAUUGAUGGAAGUUCCUAAUUUAAACCACACUCCAGAGAUUAGUAGCACAUUCAAAGCAUGGAUGCUCGACUGAAAACCAAAGCCAUUAGAUUGUCUUAUAAUUAAUUUUGGCCUGAGGCAAACUCUGUUAACACCAGAUGGGAGAUCUGUUGGUGGUGGACAUAUGGGAAAGACGUUUGCUUUGUAGACACAUUUUAAUCCUC